CCGGCCCACUAUACCGGGCCGGGACAAAUUCCCAACCCGAACCUCUCUGUAAAUCUCCACUGAACAAACCCCUAGACCAAUUCGUGCCCGCCAUAGCCACCCCCCAUUUUCGAGCAAGAAGAAUGAGAAUCCACAGCAUCCGAGCCACCACGGCCUUACCGGGCCUUACUUCGAGCUCUGCUGUCUAUAAUGGAGACAGCAACAAUAGACAAAAAUUUACCGGGACCGUGCCUUCAUCAAUCUCCAGGCCUCGCGGACUGUGCAUCCGGUGCGGAGUUCGGUUUCGGCCUUGCAUCGACAUACACAAGGGAAAAGUUAAGCAAAUUGUGGGGUCUACUCUUCAAGAUUUGAAGGAGGGUAGUUCAACUGCAGUAACAAACUUUGAAUCAGAUAAGCGAGCAGCAGAGUAUGCAAACCUAUACAAGGAAGACGGGCUUACAGGUGGUCAUGUAAUUAUGCUUGGAGCUGAUCCUCUGAGCAAAGCUGCAGCCAUUGAAGCACUGAAUGCCUAUCCUGGAGGUUUGCAAGUUGGAGGUGGGAUCAAUGCAGAAAAUGCUUUUGGUUACAUAGAAGACGGAGCGAGCCAUGUUAUCAUCACAUCAUAUGUAUUCAACAAUGGUCAAAUGGACCUUCAAAGGCUUAAAGAACUUGUACGCAUUGUUGGAAAAAAGAGACUUGUGUUGGAUCUUAGUUGCAGAAAGAAGAAAGGAAAAUAUGCAAUUGUUACUGACAGGUGGCAGAAAUUCACUGAUGUAUAUCUUGAUCAGAAGGUAUUGGAUUUUCUCGCAAUAUAUGCCGAGGAGUUCCUUGUCCAUGGUGUUGAUGUUGAAGGGAAAAAACUGGGAAUUGAUGAAGAGCUUGUGACAUUACUAGGAAGGCAUUCACCUAUUCCGGUGACCUAUGCUGGUGGAGUCACAGUGAUGGCUGAUUUAGAGAAAAUAAAAGCUGCGGGAAUGGGGCGUGUGGAUGUUACGGUUGGUAGUGCCUUAGAUAUUUUUGGGGGCAACUUGGCCUACAAAGAAGUUGUUGCUUGGCAUGCUCAGCAGGAGGCUUUGGCAGUUUAGUCUAGCUCAAUUUUCUAUUUGUAUGUUAUAUGUAUCUUUGAUAUUUUUCAUGAUGAUUUAUGACUGGAUUUAUCUGUGUUGAGGGAUUGAGAUUGAGUUUUACCUCAUAUAGACUGAAGCUUUUGAGGUUGUACCGUCCUUUAUUUUUAGGAUGCAACAAUAACCUUGAAUGAUAGAUCAAUGUUUUACC